ACCUACCUUUUAGAUAUCUCAAGUAAGAAUCUAUGAUGCUAUUAGUAAAAAGCGAUUGUUUCUCUCUUACAUGUUUGCAGCGGCUCGGUUAUAUUUUGCUUAUUCAUGCAAUGCCUACGAGACUUGAAAGUAAAGUACCUAAGGUUAGGUUGGUAGGUACCUAACAUGAUAUCUGACCUCUCUCUCCCUGUCUAAAAUUGUAAGAUAAAAAACCCCGUUUGCCAAAAAUCUGCUCUAACCCCUUCGAAAUGGUGACACUCUCCCCGCUCGACAAGAUUAUGCCCCGGGGCUACGUCCGCCAAAUAUUUCUCUUUCCCUCGACGCAUGCUUACAUUUUGGAUACGCUCAGAAAGGGCUUGGGAGGAGUUGUAAAUGAUGUACCCUACCUUCUUUCCGGCAUCCUCGUAGGCGAGGAUCCUAAACAUGUCUCGCUCAGCGAUCCCUAUCAAACUCUAGAGGACCUCUGCUACGAACAGGACCUUUCAGAUACUAUUGACUAUGCCGCUAUCAAGGAGCAGCAUUUCCCUCCGUCGGCAUUGGCCGUGCCGGGAAUUAUACCUCCUGACACGCAGCCCCCGUUCCCGAGUCCUGCGCCGGUAUUCCGGGCGGGCGUCUCGCUCGUUAACGGCGGGUUCAUUCUAUGCGUCGCUGUUCAUCACUGUACGACCGAUAUCACCGGAUUUGGAGCUUUGCUCAAGAUAUGGGCCUCUCACUGUCGUGCAGGCACGACUGCAGGAGCCGGGUUCGAUCCGUCUUGGUUAAGCCGCGAGGCCCUGAUUGGAAGAUCCAACUCUCACAAUUCAAUAGCGCCUACUUCAAUGCCUAAACUUCUCCACAUACGAGAACCUGAUAAACAUGCUAGGCGUACCGGCUCAGUACAGUCACCGCCUAGUGAUCUUACGACUGGCAUAUUCUUCUUCCCUCAGUCUAAGCUGCAGGCUCUCAAGCAUGCCGUAAACGAACAUAUCGCCUCUCAGGAUGGUACGGGCUGGAUCUCUACCGGUGAUAUUCUUACAGCACUACUUUGGAGCGCCACACUGGCUGCCGAGCAACAAGUGUCCGUCUCUGCACCUGGUGUGGCAGCUGAGCAGAAGAGCACCCAUACGAUAGGCAUCCCCGCGAAUUUCCGCUCUCGUUUAAACCCGCCCUUACCCCCAAACUACCUCGGCGCCGCCUUUGUGAUGACAGCUGCCACAGCUCCACGAGCAGAUCUAAUAUCUUUUGCCACGGAAUCAGCCUAUCCUCCCGACUACGGCCAGUUGGACUCUGCCUUGGUCGCAACACUAGCGGUGCUUGCCUCAACGAUCCGGGCUUCCCUUCGCAGUGUCCACGAGCAAAGCGUGCGAGAUGUGCUGGUAUUUUUAAAUUUAAAUGAAGCGUCUAAAGAUCAUCCGUCAAUCACGUUAGGGCCGCGCCACGAUGGUAUAUCCAUUGUCUCAUGGGCGGAUCAAGGUGUAUACGAGUUGGAUUGGGGUGAGGUAGUUGGAAGAUGCGAGGCUGUCAGGUUGCCCAAGUUGGCAAGUAAGAGAUACCCUAUUGUCCUCCCUAGGAUUCCAAGUGGCCUGAUAAAUGGUGAAGAGGGAGGCUUAGAGGUAAUUGUUAGUUUCGACAGGCAAGUACUGCUCGAAUUCGAGCAGAGCUGGCCCAUCAGAAAAUUCGCAACUGUUCGGUGUCGUUCGUGAGGGAAAGGCACCAUCUUAAUUCAGCAACGGUGGGUGGUGAUAUUCAGCAUUAGCUAUCUACCUAGGUUUUCUUCGCCAAUCCAAUCAAUUCGUCAUAUUCGCCGCUAUUUUUUAAC